AUGUCGUUGUCGAAAAGGGUACCCUCGAAAGCUCUACUGUCCUCCUUCCACAAGACAUCAUAUGCUCCAUGUCGCUGGGCAGUAGCAGGCCAACAGAUCCGAUGGGAGUCGACGCAGAAUGAAAAGCCGCAGGGUCAUGGCAAAUCUUUCAGUGGACAGUUGUAUUCCAGUACUGCGCUUAGGUUGCAGAGGGAAAGGGCCGAUCGCGAACGGUUUUCCAAAGCGAGAAAUGAGGAGAGCGGUGGUAGGAGUUUGGCUUUGACAUUUGUUGUUCUUGCAGUUGCUGUUGGAGGUUACUACGCCGGCACACUCUCAGCUCCAAAGCUUUCAACAACUUCGACCCUCCCUCUCAACAAUACAAUACCACCAAAACACAAUGUUUCAGGUUCAAAUAUGGAGGCCGCGUGGUCUGAUUUCGUGUCAAUUGUCGGGAAAGAGCAUGUUUCAACUUUAGAAAGCGAUCGGGUCAACCACGCAGGUAGUGAAUGGAGUUCACAUAUCCGCAAUGAGUCCGAAGUACCCUUUAUGAUCGUCUAUCCUUCAAGUACAGAAGAAGUUAGCAAGAUCAUGAAGGUUUGUCAUAAGCGUAAAAUUCCAGUCACGGGCUAUAGCGGAGGAACGAGUCUCGAAGGUCAUUUCGCGCCAACGAGGGGAGGGAUAUGUAUUGAUUUCGGGCGUAUGGGGAAGAUUCUGAAGUUGCACAAGGAAGACAUGGACGUCGUCGUCCAACCAGCUGUUGGGUGGGAGUUACUGAAUGAGGAGUUGGCCAAGGACAAUCUUUUCUUUCCUCCGGAUCCAGGACCAGGUGCUAUGAUUGGGGGUAUGGUGGGUACUGGAUGCAGCGGGACCAAUGCGUAUAGAUACGGCACCAUGAGAGAAUGGGUUCUGAGCUUGACAGUUGUAUUGGCCGACGGGACGGUCAUCAAAACGCGACAGCGCCCAAGGAAGAGCAGUGCUGGGUAUGACUUAACUAAGAUGUUUAUCGGAAGCGAAGGCACCCUUGGUCUCGUCACGGAAGCGACUUUGAAGCUCACCACUAAGCCCAACACUACCAGUGUGGCAGUCUGCACAUUCGGUUCUAUAAGGCAAGCGGCGGAUUGCGUAGGCAGAGUUGUUAGCGAAGGUGUUCCAAUCGCCGCCAUUGAGAUUCUGGAUGACAACCAGAUGAAAAGUAUCAACGCCGCUGGCAUGACCGAAAAAUCCUGGAAAGAAGAGCCAACGCUAUUUUUCAAAUUUGCUGGCACGAAGCUUGGAGUGAAAGAGCAUAUCUCAAUUGUUCAAAGACUUGCAAAGGCUAGUGGGAGUAAAUCAUUCGAGUUCGCUAGGAAUGCAGAGGAGCAGGCCGAUUUAUGGAGCGCUAGAAAAGAAGCACUGUGGUCAGUAAUGGCCAUGCGCCAAAAUGAUACCGAUCAUGUCUGGACUGGUGACGUGGCGGUUCCUAUUUCAAGGCUGCCAGACAUCAUUGAAGAGACAAAAGAGGACGUUGCGCGCUCUGGAAUGUUCACUGCCAUCGUCGGCCACGUUGGAGAUGGAAAUUUCCACACCAUCAUAUUGUAUAAUGAUAAACAAAGAAAACAAGCCGAAGAAGUCGUCCAUCGAAUGGUCAAGCGAGCUGUGGAAAUGGAGGGUACAGUUACUGGGGAGCAUGGUGUUGGUUUGGUCAAGCGCGAUUACCUGAAUCAUGAGCUGGGCGAGACUACUGUAGAUGCUAUGAGAAAGUUGAAACUAGCUUUCGAUCCAUUGUGUCUGCUAAAUUGCGACAAGGUUGUGAGAGUGGAGAAGCCAAAAGUAGGAGAGGUCGCUCCAUGGUAA